AUGGUUGCACCAACUGCUUUGAAAAUGGAUAAUGAACCAGUUUCUGUUGGCAAAAUAGCUGGGGGUUCCAGUAGAAUCAUUGGAAUUGAUAAUACAGAGCAUAUCGAUGACGAGGACGACGAUGAGGUUCUUGUAGGGCAGGAUGAAGCUGUAGAGGUUACGGCGAGGUCCUCGAAUGAUAAGGAGGUUUCCGAAAAAGCGGGCGUUGUGCUUGACGAAGAGGGCAAACCUAGGUUUGCAUCAGCUAAGGAUUCGAACGAAUCUAAAGUCAAGCUGGAAGGCAGAAAAGUGCCUGUCCCACCACAUAGAAUGACGCCACUGAGAAACAACUGGACAAAAAUAUAUCCACCCCUGGUUGAUCAUCUAAAACUUCAAGUGAGGAUGAAUUUGAAAACCAGAUCGGUUGAACUAAGGACGAAUCCCAAACACACAACGGAUCCUGGAGCUUUGCAAAAGGGUGCAGAUUUCAUCAAAGCUUUCACAUUAGGGUUUGACUUGGAUGACUCAAUUGCAUUGCUCAGACUGGAUGAUCUGUAUAUUGAGACUUUUGAGGUCAAGGAUGUGAAAACGCUGACGGGUGAUCAUCUUUCAAGAGCAAUUGGUCGUAUUGCAGGUAAAGACGGGAAGACAAAGUUUGCAAUUGAAAAUGCCACAAGAACCAGAAUAGUGCUUGCCGAUACAAAGAUUCAUAUUUUGGGUGGAUUCACGCAUAUUAGAAUGGCCAGAGAAGCUGUGGUCAGUUUAAUUUUGGGUUCUCCUCCAGGUAAGGUCUAUGGUAACCUGCGUACCGUUGCUUCAAGAUUAAAGGAACGUUAUUAA